UAUCGACUGCCAUAGGACAACAGAGAGUUCAAGGGUCCUUUUCAGCCCUAAGGUUAGAGAUCCAGCCCUCCUAGCCCGGAUUCAUCCGAAACCGGGUAAGCACUUCCCUGACGUCCUUUCAACUUGCACUCACUACUACAGGCUCUUGCAUCAGAGACUGAUUGUCACAUCGAGCGGAACGUUUUCUUAGUGUCUGAUCCCAAUAUCCAGUCCACUGAAGCUUGUUUACACCAGCGGGAUUAUUUUGUUUGAUCGGACAUCCUGCCGAGUCAUGAGAAGACAGAUUCUACCCUAGGAAGUGGAAGACAGCAUCUCGAACGAGUUCUUGAAAGCCAAUAGGCGACCUUGGGAUGCCUUCAGCAUAAAGGAUUUGGGGCACACGCUGACUGGAGUAGCCAUGGAACAAAGGCCGGCUUUCUGCACGUUUGGCAUGUUCAUCAUCGAUGAAAUAGAAUACCUCGACAACAAAUCCCCAGAAGAGAAAAUUAUCGGCGGAGCCGGCACUUAUGCUGCUCUUGGGGCUCGUCUUACAGCUGGAACCCAAAAUGCCCAAUCAGUCGGCUGGAUCAUCGACAUGGGAUCAGACUUCCCACCACAAUUCAAGACUCUGAUAGAUACAUGGGACACCAAGUGUGUCUUCCGGCGGGAUAAUACCAGGCUAACCACGACCGGAUGGAAUGGUUACGGCCCAAAUGAAUACCGGGGUAAGCGAAUGUCUCACACGCUACGGCUGGCAAUGGUCGAGCUGCUCCAGCCUAGAAAAUGUCCAACUGAGACCAAAUCAAGCAUUCAAAUAUCUGACCCCCAAAUUACGACUUGACGAACAUUCGCUAUCAAAUGAACAAGUGAUGGCCCGAUCUUUUCACAUGGUGUGUUCACCACAACGCUGCAUUUCAAUCAUUACGGGUGUCAUAGCUCGACGGAAGCUGCUCGCCCCAGACGAACCUCGACCCAUUUUUGUUUGGGAACCAGUGCCAGAUCUGUGCACACCAGAGGAAUUCGAACGCCUCCGCGAAGCUGCUGCAAUAGUGGAUGUGGUCAGCCCAAACGCUGAAGAACUUGAAUCGUUCUUCCCGUCCACAUCCCACCCGAUCCCACGAAAUGAGAUGGUGGCUAGAUUACUCGGGCUAGGCUCUGAAGGUGCUCUGAGAACGGCGCUUGUGGUCCGAGAAGGCGCCCUUGGAUGCACAACUUAUGUUGACGGGGACAUGUUGCACCUACGGGCUUUCCAUCAAACCAGCACCCGCGUGAUAGACCCCACUGGCGGCGGAAAUGCGUUUCUUGGGGCACUGGCCCAGGGGUUGACUGGCAUCGUUUCAGAGACAGUGCCUGAGCAGCUAGCGGGGAACCGCAAGUCUCUCGUCUCUCAAAGAAAGAAUCUUCUCCUAGCAUUAGUGCAUGCGAUAAUUGCAGCAGGAUAUGCGAUUGAACAGGUGGGCAUGCCCACCGUUUCUGUCUUGGAGCCUGACACCUGGAACGGCGAGCGAUACCAAACUCGUUUUGCAGCGUACCUGGAUAGAGAGCAAAGUCAUAUUUCAAAUCAGCUGCAAUAACAUGUGGUUAUUUUGACAUGACGAUGCCUGUCCCGUCUCUAUCUCUCAUCAAGCCUUGUACCAUAGCAACUGUAAUCAAAGCGCA